AUGGAUAACUCAGUCAAUGAAACACAACUGGACAAAAAUUCAAGGAUUUCGAGCCCUAAACCUACGAAGAAACACGACGAGCUAUUGAAAUCAAGUGAAGAAAUAUUGCGUAAAUUGGAUGAGGUUCGACAGAGCAAAGCAUAUGAAAUGAUGAAGUACGAAACGAUCGCACGAAUGAAUGCUUCAAGCGUUAGUGCUUAUUUGCUACAACAACGCUUGAAGCCAAGUGAAGUACAACGGUCAGGAAUGGAUGCAAUGCUUCAAAAACACCAUGAAGAAAUGAAAAAUCAUGCUGCUACAAUUAUUCAACAAUUUUUUCGACGAAUUACUCGUGAGAAGCAAAUCCAUCGAAUAUUGUGCACCUGGAAAUGGAUACCACUAGCAAAACGUGUGCGAUACAUUGAAGUUAUAGCAGAACGUAUGUCAGGUGGUACUGUACCUCGUAGAAUCGAUCAUUCAAUUAUUAAAAAUAAGCUUGAUGAACGUAAAAAAACGAUAAAUGCAAAUACUGACAAUUAUGUUCGACGUGAACAACUGAUUAAACGUAUUGCAAAUGAUUUGACGUUACUUAAUGGUAUAACGAAUAUUGAUGAUUUGAUGAAAAUUAAUUCAAAUAAUUUGUCCGUCGAGAAACAAUAA